AUGGGAAAACUCGUGAAACUGCUAGGCUCAGGGAUUGGACUGACGUCUGAAGCGAUCCACGCUGCCCGGUCGCGCUCCCGGUCGCACAGCGAGCAGCCGUCCUCCUCGGCGGGUACCACUGACACCGCUCCACCAGAGUAUGUUGAUGUCACCGACAGUGUUGCUGAAGACCUCAUCCACCGUGGACAGGCGGAGCGGGUGGUUAACACCGAUGAGAAGAAGCGUCCAUUGAAGGCGGACACAGCUGGAUAUGACUGCGAUAGCGACAGCUCGGAGGCAGAAGAGCUCGGGGCGCUCGGCCAGGAUGAAGCAGCCUGGGAACUAGACGACAUGGCCGAACGGGUGAGGCCGCCGACGUACGAGGAGUCAGAGACUGCAUCGGCAACUGAGAUUGAGGACGUGAAGGGUAAGAAGGAGGAAGAAAUGGUUCGUGAGCUUGUUCGACGGGCGGGCCCCCUCCCUCAGCCACUCCAGUCGAUCCCCUGCCCCGUGAUUAUACCACAGCGCCGCCCCAAAAACAAAGACCGCGGAUUUGUUCGUGCUUAUGCACCUGUACUCGCCGAUUGUGGAAUCAGCCAGGAGGUCUUCUUGCGCUUCUUGGAGAACUGGGACAAAGCUAGCAAGGCUUCACCUUGGAUUGAUGUUGUAUUCAUCGCCGCCGGGAUCGUUGGAUUUGUUCCAGAGGUCGCAGCGCAGGUCAUCAGCACCGUAGUGCAAGUGGCGGCGGGAACAGCGCGGGAAUUGCAAUCGCGUUCACGCCGAAACACCUUCCUUGACCGCGUCAAUCAGGAUUUGCUUAUGCCCCGCGGGCUGUAUGCCAUGAUCAUGGCGUUCAAGGACGAGAUUGCUGGUCAACAGAGCGGGUCGCUGUACCGACUGUCCAGCUCUCUUGGGAAAGCCCUUUUCGCAACAGAGAGACUUGAUAUCAACGAGACCGUUGCUAAAUUUAGUAACCCGGAUCCCGAGAUGUCCAAGCUGAAGAAAGGGCUGAAGGACAUCCGCUUGACGAGCGGGCAGACCCGUGGUCAAAUCGAACUUCCCCAGGCUGCGGAGCUAGUGUUUCCGGAUCUUGACCGAGUCGUAGAGCACGCGUUGGAGGAGGAGGGCAAGGCUAAGGGCAAGAGCAAAGAAUCGGGAACACGCGACAAGCUCAAGAAUGCCGGCACUUGGGUCCAAGACUACCUGGAUCGGAGGGGCCAGGCUUUCUAUGCAUCUGAGCACCAGGGAUCUUCCUUGGCUGUACCGUCCGCGGAACGGGCCCCGAUGGUGUCGCGAUAUAACGACCCCGACCACCCCGCAACCAGCGGCUCAUUGAUCUCCCUUCUAACCGGUGGUGCAGUGAACCCACCAGCACGACGACAAGCCCGGCGGGAGAUGAAACGGGAAUAUAAGGAUGCCAGGCGGAUCGCUCGGGGUCGUUCUCCUCGUGGCCCCAGAAGGGUCAAGCGCAAGGGUGGACGCAAGACCAUCAUCAAGAAGAUCAUGCAGCAGGAUGUGCUGUAUCUUCUAAUUGUCAAUCUCCCUACGCCGGAAGAAGUCCAGCAGUCCGUUACUCGGUUGGAGAAUGUGAUGGCCCAGGCCGGCGCAGUCUAG